GGGAGGUGUUCAGUUCCAGGGUCCUGAGCUUGGUGAUGAACUUGAAGGGGACUAUGGUGUUGAAUGUUGAGCUGUAGCCAAAGAACAGCAUACUUACAUACAGUAGGUAUUCCUUUUGUCCAGGUGGGUGAAGGAAGUGCGUAGUGCAGUAGAGUUUGCGUCGUCUGUGGACGGUAUAAUUGUAGUGGAUCCAGGGCUCAUAGACAGGAUGUUGAUGUGAGCCAUGACCAUGCUUUCAAAGCAUUUCAUGGCUAUAGAUGUGAGUGCUAAAGGGAUAAUAGCUAUUUAGGCAGGUUAACUUGGUGUUAUUGGGCUCGGAGACUCUUGAGUAGGAGUCCUGGUAGUCCGUUUGGCACUGCGGCCUUGCAAAUGUUAACCUGAAUACUGUCGACGAAUGUUUUGUUUUCUCAGGCCCUUAAGCCUGUGUAGGGCUGUGAUUUGGACUAUGACUGAAGGAGUGGGAUGCUUUUUAAAAUGUAUUGUAUAUGAUGUGUUACCUCCCGAUUCCCGCAAUGGAGGGAAGGGGCGGCAAUACACCGUAUCGGUGGUAGUCUGCAGAUAAACCUCAAAGAAAGGUAUAUAAGCGACUACCAAGAAGAAGAAAAAGAGAAAAGAUGGCGUCGCUGAAUGACAGAUCAGUUUGGGAUGAGGUGGAGGAAGGGAUCGGCAAAGAAGUGCUCAACAUGUCCCCUGAAGAGCUCGUUCAGCGGACACGUCUUCUGGGCAAUGAAAUAAAGAUCAUGAAGAGUGAGGUAUUGAGGGUAACCCAUGAGCUGCAGGCCAUGAAGGACAAGAUCAAAGAAAACACAGAGAAGAUCAAAAUGAACAAGACCCUGCCAUACCUGGUCUCCAAUAUCAUUGAGCUUCUGGAUGUGGACCCAAAUGACCAGGAGGAGGAUGGAGCAAAUAUUGAUCUAGAUUCCCAGAGGAAGGGCAAAUGUGCUGUCAUCAAAACAUCUACAAGACAGGCAUACUUCCUCCCGGUCAUUGGCUUGGUGGAUGCAGAGAAACUGAAGCCGGGAGACCUCGUGGGGGUAAACAAGGACUCAUACCUGAUCCUGGAAACCCUGCCCGCGGAGUACGACUCCAGAGUCAAAGCCAUGGAGGUGGACGAGUGCCCCGCUGAACAGUACAGUGACAUUGGGGGAUUAGACAAACAGAUCAAGGAGCUGGUGGAAGCAAUUGUUCUACCCAUGAACCACAAGGAGAAGUUUGAGAACCUGGGUAUUCAGCCACCUAAGGGGGUUUUGAUGUGGCCCCCAGGCACAGGGAAAACCCUACUGGCUAGGGCCUGUGCUGCCCAGACCAAGGCCACAUUCCUCAAGUUGGCUGGCCCACAGCUGGUCCAGAUGUUCAUUGGUGAUGGUGCCAAGCUGGUCCGAGACGCCUUUAACCUAGCCAAGGAGAAGGCCCCCUCCAUCAUCUUCAUAGACGAGCUGGACGCCAUUGGAACCAAACGGUUUGACAGUGAGAAAUCAGGUGACAGGGAGGUACAGAGAACUAUGCUUGAGCUCCUCAACCAGCUGGACGGGUUCCAGUCCAAGAUUCAAGUUAAGGUUAUCGCUGCCACUAACAGGAUAGAUAUCCUAGAUCCCGCACUGCUGCGUUCUGGACGUCUGGACCGUAAGAUUGAGUUCCCAAUGCCCAAUGAGGAAGCACGAGCCCGCAUCAUGCAGAUUCACUCACGCAAGAUGAAUGUCAGCCCUGAUGUCAACUACGAGGAGCUGGCCAGGUGCACUGAUGACUUCAACGGCGCCCAGUGCAAAGCAGCGUGUGUGGAGGCGGGUAUGAUCGCCCUUCGCAGGGGGGCAACUGAGCUCAAUCAUGAGGACUACAUGGAAGGCAUCUUGGAAGUACAAGCUAAAAAGAAGGCCAACCUGCAGUACUACGCCUAAGGCUCUUCAGGGGAAAUGUGAUACUCUCCAGUUGUAUCCAAAACAUGAACCAAUCUGUACAGCACUAAUUGUCACUUCUCACUCUUUGGUGCGAGGCUGGGACUGGAGACAUGUUUUGGUUUAUUAUUGUACCAAUGGUCCAUGAAAUAAUUUAAAAAAGCUUUUUUCAUUAAUACAUUUGUCCUUUGCCACAGUGUGUUAAUUGUUUCCAUCUCACCAAAGACAUCACCACGUUAUUUCAGAUGUUACCAUUUACAAAUAUUAUGAAAAGGGACAUUUUGCCAUAAUAUUCAGGCUGUUACCUGCGAGUACUUCCAAUGGAGUGUCAAUGUACUUCUGUGAAACUUAUUGCCUAUUGCCAUUCUAUUCAGUUUGUGUUGCAAAUGUUCAGGGUGCAACUUGACUGAAAUGACUCAUUUCGAAUCAAUGUUUCAGGGGACUAGCUACACACUGGAGAAUGAAAUCAAAAGCGUAAAACCCAAUGCUGUAAGAGAAAGCAGAAAGUCCAAAAAAGCAUCUUUAUUUGGAUCAGUCAAUGAGUUAAUUACAAGGCCAUAGACAUGCCAACUCACUCUCCAUAGCUCAGUGUGGCCCCAAGUUACCUUAACGCAUCCAUUUCUUAUCGCAUGAUAACAUACAUCAAGACAAGGGGUGUUCCCAAUAACUUUUGAAUUAAACAUUACAUGCAGAUUAGCUAACUUCCAUCUUAUAUUCAGGGAGGGCCUCCACUCAAUGCCAGCCAGAUAUACAGGGUAUUCCGAUGGUUUGUAUAUUGGCAAUAGGUGACAUCAAUUUAGUCUCCCAUCACAGAAAGAGGAACUGGGAACUAUUGCAAUCUGGUUUAUUCCUGGAUUUAUGUGAAACUGCUCCAUUUAAUUAUCCCGCAGUACAGUUUUACAAAUUUCUAUAUAAUAAAAUAAAGCUCUUCACAUUUCCAAUCAAAGCAGCACAUUGCUGUAAAACAAUGCAAUUUUAUCUUUACUUGAUGACAGACUCGGACAGGUUGUUUAAAAAAAAAAAAUCGUAAACAAGUGCAUACAAAGGAUUAGAUGCCAGUGAUCCACCCCCUUUCAGGCAAUGUCAAUUUAUAUUAUUACAAUUAGAUUCUAUGCAGGUAGUUCAAGACUUAAAAAAAUCUCUUCUGGUCAGUUGCAUAAGUCUUCCCCACAGG